CCUUUCUCCCAUACUCGUAACCGUCAGUCUCAGGAGUGAUAGGGUAGACGUCGAAAAGCAGAGGGCGAGAGGGUACCACGAGAAGCAGAACGGUAGAUCUAGCAUUAGCGUGGUCACGUCCAUUGUCGGAAAUAGCAGUGUGCUGACGUGCGCAGUUGGUCGAACCCCGCAACUUAAAUUUGAAGCAGUAGAUUCUUUCCUGCUAGUGACAAUUUUCUUUCGGGGUUCAUCCGCUCCUUAUGAGUACGUAUGCAGCCAUUGGUCAGAUGGGAUUCGGAGAUGUCAACAUUUUGUGUGCCGUCAAUGUGUCAACAACAGGGAGGACUGUGUAAAUGUUUUGGAAGAUCUAUGACGCAGGUUCUGUUUUGUUUCGAAGGAGCCGUGGAACGUAGGUCUGAAAGGCUGGCAGUUGUAGUCCAAACCGUGCAGACUAAAGCCUAAAUUAUUUCAGGGCGACUUAAGAGAAAGCGAAGCUGGAAGGUGGCAGACGAAAUCUAGUAGCAGAUCGAGUGCGGAGAGCCGAAGUGAUGGCACUGAAGGGCGCUGCCCUACAAAAUUAUAACACCGAGCUUAUUCAUCGUUUUUGAGUCGUAGACCUAAGCUUCUUCGAAAUCAGCCAGAUCUGGAGAGCUUUGUGACCUUGGGAAGUUAAAAUUCAUGUGAUCCUGGAGUCCCUUCACGUCUCUUACGCUGCUUCAUAUGAGCACCAUGUCCUCUUUCAAAAUAAAUCAUUGCAUCGAAGAAUUGAGGGAAAAAAGAGAUGAAAUCAAGAAAAUCCUACAGGUCGAAGAAGAGGAAAAGGCCAACAUUCAGAAGGAUCUCGUAGUGCUCACCAAAAGAUUGGCUGAAAUAGAUGAUAGCCUCUCACGGAAGUAUGCCUACACCAACGAGUACGACAAGACCAUUCAUGAAGUCGAAGCGGCGUACUCCAAGAUCAUGGAGAGCUCACAGGCUCUUUUACAUGUGCUCAAGAGUGAUCAGUUUUGAAUGUAUCAGUGGCUUUGUCAUUGGAUGGUUCUUGCAGAUAUUGGAGAGCUCACAGGCUCUUUUACACGUGCUCAAGAGUGAGACGAUGUCUAUUAGCAACAAAAGAUGAUAAUGACUACCACUUAUGUGCACGUGAAGGGCACCUCUUGUGAGACUUUACCGCACCAUGUAAGCGUACGCAAUAAUCAUCUAACAGGGAUACAAGUCAGCUACCAUCUUUCUUCUGCUGAGAAAGAUUCUAAACUUGGAAGUGAUCCACUUUUGCCUUCUUGUAACAUUUUCACAUAGUUUAUCAAUCUCCGGUGUUUAAUCGAGCACUGACAUCUCUUAAAAUCAAUUCUCGUGUCGCAAUCACUUUCCACAUUCAUGGUCAAUUUACAGGAGUUGGCAAGUAGAAUAAGUCUUCUUAGUUUUAUCACUCUACACACAAAAAUCAAGUUGCUAGCCCUCCGGACUGAUUUCUAAUAGCAUGUCAAUUAUGUCUGUUGCUUGUAAGUGUGGCCUUACUCCCAUUUUGAAACG